ACUAGUGAUUUGAGUUGAUUGUAUCUAAAGGGACAACAGCUGGACAUCUAGUCAGCAUGCUGGGCUUUCUGAUUCUUGUGUGGACAUGCAUCUUCUUCGUCUUCCUCCUCGUCCGGAUCCAGAGGCCAAAGAAUUUUCCUCCUGGACCUCCUCCUCUCCCUUUGUUUGGGAAUCUGCUUCACAUUGAUUUGGCCAAUCCUUUGAAGGAUUUUGAAAAAUUUGCAGAACAAUAUGGGAAAAUUUUCAGCCUGUACACUGGAUCAAAACCAUACGUUUUUCUAAAUAGUUUUGAAGUUAUUAAGGAAGCUUUGGUUACAAAGGCUCAAGACUUUUCAGGACGUCCUCAAGAGGGCAUGACCAAUCAUCUCACGGAGAAUAAAGGUGUAAUAUUGGCCGAUUAUGGCCCCCAUUGGAAGGAUCAUCGACGCUUUGCUCUGAUGACCCUGAGGAAUUUUGGCCUUGGGAAGCAGUCUAUGGAAGAGAGAAUUCUGGGAGAAAUCUCACAUUUAGUUGCUGACUUGGACAAAAAUGCUGGAGGAACUGUGAAUCCUCAGAAUAUGUUCCACAAUGUUGCAUCAAAUGUUAUCGGCUUGGUUCUGUUCGGCUCCCGUUUUGAUUACAAGAAUGAAUUCCUUCAGCAUUAUGUCCAGUACAUUACAGAGAUUUCAAAGAUCCUCAAUGGACCAUGGAAUGUGAUAUACGACACUCUUCCUUUACUAAGAAUCUUGCCCCUGCCAUUUAAAAAAGCAUUUGAUAAUGUAAAGAAGUUAAAAAAUAUGAACUUAAGUGUGGUCAACGAACACAAGAGCACAAGAGUCCCAGGAGAGCCGAGAGACUUCAUUGACUGCUAUCUGGAUGAGCUUGAUAAGAGAAAAAAUGAUGAUUCCACUUUUGCUGAAGACCAGCUCAUCGUGUACAUUUUGGAUUUGCACUUUGCAGGGACUGAUACCACGUCCAACACCCUCCUCACUGCUUUUCUCUACCUCAUGAACCACCCAGAGGUUCAAGCAAAAUGUCAAAAAGAGAUCGAUGAGGUUCUGGAGGGUAAAGAUCAGGCAUCGUAUGAAGACAGACACAAUAUGCCGUACACCCUGGCUGUGAUUCAUGAGGUUCAGCGAGUGGCUAACACCGUACCACUAAGUGUGUUUCACUGCACCACCAAAGACACAGAGCUGAUGGGCUACAGCAUCCCAAAGGGAACUGUGAUCAUUCCCAACCUUACUUCUGUACUAAAAGAAGAAGGCCAGUGGAAGUUUCCGCAUGAAUUCAACCCAGCCAACUUCCUUAAUGAGCAAGGCCAGUUUGAGAAGCCUGAGGCCUUUAUACCCUUCUCUACAGGUCCUCGUAUGUGUCUCGGUGAGGGUCUUGCGCGUAUGGAGCUCUUCCUGGUCUUUGUCACUCUGCUGCGCCGUUUCCAGUUUGUGUGGCCCGAAGAUGCCGGUGAACCAGAUUACACCCCAGUGUAUGGGGUCACCCUCACCCCCAAACCCUACAGAAUGCACAUCAGACAUAGAGGGAGAGUUAAACAGUAAAUCAUAAUGUCAAUAUGUCUCCUC